AUGAGCUGGCAAAAUGACAGUGAGACUCCAGGGAAGCUAUGGGGGCCUCAGCACCCCGGCGAAACUUCCAUGGACAAGUAUCGAAUCCACGUCAAUCAGACGUAUGGUCUAGACCUGCAGACGAGCAGCGACCUUCAUCGUUGGAGUGUGCAGAGUCCUCAUCAAUUCUGGUUGGACCUAUACUCGUGGCUCGGUUUGACUCCAUCCCUGCCUCCAGGUAUGCGGGAAGCAUAUGAUCCCAACGCUCCCAUGAGCUCAAACCCACCAUUUUUUGCCGGUCUGCAUGGCUUCAAUUACGCGGAGAAUGCAAUGUUCGCCAAUCCUGAUCCAAAUGCAAUUGCAUUGAUAGGCGUCCGGGAAGACACCGAUCUCGAUGAGGGGAACGAGGAAUUGCUCUCGUGGUCUCAAUUUCGUGACAAGGUUCGCUUAACGGCGAGUGCUUUACGCAGAUGCGGAAUCAAGAAAGGCGACAGGGUUGCGGCUUUGGUCGCAACAUCCGUGUGCGCUAUGGUCCUUUUCCAUGCAGCGGCAAGUAUUGGGGCGGUUUUCACUUGUAUCAAUCCGGACUUGGGACUCGAAGGCUGUGUUUCGAGGCUGCAACAGGUCACUCCCAGCAUUCUCUUCGCGGACUCGCAUACACUCUACAAGGGAAAGGCGGUGUCGACACUCUCCAAGGUCGGCAGCAUUAUGAAGCAACUCAAACCGCAACCGCAUCUAUAUAUCGUGCCUAUCACAUCGGAAAGUAUUGACCUGCCUCUUAUUGAUGCAUUUCUAGCCCGAGCGGAUGCCUCCGACAAGCUGACAUUCUGCCCCAUGUCAUUCAAUGAUCCACUCAUCAUUGUGUAUUCAAGCGGGACUACUGGUGCCCCGAAGUGUAUCGUCCAUCGGCAUGGGAUGAUGAUUCAGCUGAAGAAGAUAGCAAAAGUACACAACGGAACCACACUGUCGGACGUCAUUUUGCAGUAUUCCAGCACGUCUUGGGUGGUCUUCUACAUCAUGUGUGGGUAUUUUGCCUGCGGCGCCACAACCGUCGUCUACAAUGGCAGUCCCAUGUUCCCAGAUACAACUCAAAUGCUGCGAAUGAUCGAAAAGUACAGAGUUACGUAUUUUGGAAGCUCUCCCCGAUACCUCCUUGAGAUCGAGAUGGCCAAAAUCGUCCCAAAAGAGCGCUUCGAUCUCUCCUCUCUCAGGAUUGUGUACACCACUGGUGCGACACUCUCACAUGCCCAGUACCAAUUCUUCUACCGGGCUUUUCCGUCUCAUGUUCACCUCGCGAACACCGCCGGUGGCACUGAUACGGCAACAUCGCUUAUUGCGGCAGACCCAGCCGGAGAUCUGCAUGCCGGAGAAAUGCAAAUGUUUGCGCUGGGUAUGGACGUGGAUAUAGCUGAUCCAGCAUCUGGAGAGUCAAUCAUCGAGUCUGGUGAGGCGGGCGAGAUGAUCGUUCGCUCACCAUUCCCGAGUAUGCCGUGCUUCUUCUGGGGCGAUCACGAUGGCUCCAAGUACCAAUCGAGCUACUUUGAGCGCUUUGACAAUAUMGACGUGUGGGCUCAGCACGAUUGGUUGCAGAAAAUGCCAGCAACGGGUGGGCUGAUCAUGCAKGGUAGGAGCGACGGCGUUUUGAGCAUUCGAUUUGGUUCGGGAGAGAUCUAUGCCAUCGUGGAGGCUGCGCCGUUCAAUGUUCACAUCUCGAACAGCCUGUGCGUCGGUCGACGAAGGCCUCACGAUCAAGAUGAGGACGUCUUCCUGUUUAUCGUAAUGAAUUCAAAUGAGCAAUUCACCCCUGAGCUUUCAGCAGCUCUUCGACAGGCUAUCAAGACAGGUCUCUCUUCGAGACACGUUCCUCGCUUCAUUGUGCAGGUACCAGAGAUACCAACCACUAUCAAUGGGAAGAAAGUCGAGGCCGCCGUGAAACAGACCCUCAGUGGGAAAGACGUGAUUCCUUCCAACACGAUAGUAAACCCUGCUUCGAUUUCGUAUUUUAGACGAUUCCGGGAACUGGAACGAGAACCCAGGCCCGCUAGAUUGUAG